AUGUGGAACGAGUUCCCUCUAGACCUCCUCGCCCAUGUCUUCUCCUACCUGCCGCCCACGUCCCUGGCUCGCGCCAUGUCCACCUGCACGCACUGGCAAGCUUGCGCCCGCUCCUCGUCUACCCCAUCCCACUCCCAUCCACCUUGGCUCCUCGCCAUGCCUGCUCGCGGCUCCAUUCAGUGUUGUUAUGCUCUUGACCCGUCCUUCCAACGCUGGCACUGCCUUCCUCUCCGCUUCAUCCCCCACUCCAUCCGCCCACUCGGCGCUGUCGGUCUCGGUCUCAUCAUCUGCAAGCUCGUCUCCUCCGUCUCCUCCCUCCGCAUCGCUCUCUGCAACCCUUUCUCCAAACAAUUCCACCUCCUUCCUUGUCUUUCUAAGCCCCGGUCCAACCCCGCUGUUGGGUUCAUUACAUCAGGAAACUCCUCCAGCUUCCGAGUCUUCGUUGCUGGUGGCACCUCCGGUGCCUGCUGCUACGAGUCAACACUAGAGGUUUAUGACUCGAGGGACGGUGACUGGCGACACGCGGGCACAAUGCCGGUGGAGUUCGCGGUGCGGUUGACUGUUUGGACACCGAACGAGAGUGUGCAUGCGGGCGGGACUAUUUACUGGAUGACGUCCGCGAGGGCGUACAGCGUCGUGGGGUUCGAUGUGGGAAGUGGGUCGUGGAGGGAGGUGCGGGCGCCGAUGGCGGAUAGGCUCGAGUGGGCGGUGCUUGUGCAGACGAGGGAUGUAGAGAGAAUCGGACUGGUCGGGGGAGUGUGCGAGGGGGAGGCGUGCGUUUGGGAGUUGGUGGACGGGGAUGAGUGGGAAUUGGUCGGAGAGGUGCCGGUGGAGCUGGGCCGGAGGUUUUGGAGUAGAAAGGGGAGUUGGGGAGCCACUCGGUGCGUGGGGAGUGAUAAAGCUCUCUACUUGUUUAGUGAUCUUGGGUCUGAGAUGCUGGUUUGGAGAUCGGAAGGGAAGGGUAGUGAUCAAUGGGAGUGGGUUUUGGUUCAAGGUUUCUCUGGAAAUGGUGAAGCUUUGAUCCCAAAGUGUAACAUUCCCAUUAGAGCAGUGUUACUGCGCCCUGUCCUGUCUUCUUGA